UACCAGACACAAAUGCGAAAGCAAAAAUCAAAAAGGGAAAAAGAAACAAACAAACAGCACACUCAAUUGUUUUUUUCCACAAACAAAAACCACAUGUGUUUCUCAUUCAUGAAAAAAGAUAAAAAAACACACAUACCCCACCACCCCGUAAACCCACCCACCCUACCCCAACACCACCCACCCCUUAUAUAUACCCAUAAUUACUCCAAACACAAUUCAGCAUCAUCAUCCAAACAGUUCCAUAACAAACCAUUUCUUGUUUUCUCACUUUUCCCUCUUAACAAGUUACCUAAAUAUUUGUUUUCAUAUAUAGUUGCCGGAAAAUCAAGAAUGGGGUCAUCGGAAAAUCAAGAUUCCGGCAAAGUCACCGGACAGAAAUCUCAGUUUUCUCAGACUUGUAAUCUUUUGAGCCAAUUCUUGAAGAAGAAAGGCUUUGUUGGUGAUCUUAAUGGUCUUGGUCUCAACCGCAAUACUUUCGAAUCAACUGGACCUCAACAAACAUCUACUACCAUGGAUUUGCUACCAAUGAUCGAAAAGUCUGGCGAUUCGUCAUCGACAACAUCAUCAGUUGAAACAAAUGCUCAAAAGCCAAUGAAUCUUUUCCCUCAAGAAUCAACAAAGAAGCCAGAGAAGGCACAAAUGACAAUUUUCUAUGGUGGACAAGUGAUUGUAUUUGAUGAUUUCCCAGCUGAUAAAGCCAAUGAAAUCAUGAAAUUAGCCACCAAGAAAACCAACAAACAAAACAACCCCACAAAUGUUUUCUCUUACAAUCAAAAACCUGUUGAUUCAGCUACAACAUUCGCGAACAAUAGGAUUCAAGAAGUACUUCCCAAGUGUCAAAUGCCAAUGCCGAUGCCAUCGCAGACUUCUUCUGUUGCUGAUUUACCUAUUGCAAGGAGGAAUUCACUUACAAGAUUCUUGGAGAAACGAAAAGAUCGAAUAACAGCAACUGCACCAUACCAAAUCUGCAACAACAACAUCCACAAGAACAACAAGAAAAUACUAGCUAAUUCCAAGAAUGAAGAGAACAAGGCUUGGUUGGGAUUAGGUGCUGCUCAGUUUGUUAAGACUGAGCAGUACUUUUAGUGUUUUUCACUUUUUGAUCAUUGAAGGCGAGCCCUGGUGUGACUGGUAAAGUUGAUGCUGUGUGGUCAGGAGGUCACGAGGUUCGAGCCGUGAAAACAAGACUCCUGUGAUCCGGCACUUCCUCAGACCCCUCUCGCAUAGUGCGACUUGUAAAGUUGAUGCUAUGCCAUCAGGAGGUCACGAGGUUCGAGCCGUGAAAACAAAGCUCCUGUGGUCCGGCGCUUCCUCAGAACCUCGCAUGGUGCGACUGGUAAAGUUGAUGUUGCGAUCAAGAGGUCACGAGGCUCGAGUCGUGAAAACAGGCUCCUGUGGUCCGGCGCUUCCUCAGACCCCUGUCGCAUAGCAGAAGCUUUAGUGCACCAGGCUAGCCUUCAUUGCUUGAUAUACUACUAUUAAAUGACCUAGUUUUUGGUUCCUUUUUUGUUAGCUUCAAGCUUGAUUGAAGCCAUUUUGAUCUAACUCAUGAAUAUUAUUUACAACAUUUUUAUUUUUCA